AGAACUUUUCUCAACGCUGAUGCACUACUUCUGUGCAAAAGGGAGGUCAAUAAGGCCAUUGUGGUUGCUGCUUGAGAGAAUGGAAAAUGAGGGUAUUGAAGCGGAUACAAUCACUUUCAAUAUUUUGAUUUCAGGGUUAAGGAAACAAGGAAGGAUUGAAGAUGGGAUGGAGCUGCUGCAGAAAAUGAAGCUCACGGGAUGCGAACCAAAUGCAGGGUCUUAUCAAGAAGUUCUAUAUGGUUUGCUUGAUGCCGGGAAGUUUUUGGAGGCAAAAGAAUUCAUGGCUAUGAUGAUUUGCGAGGCUAAUAGUCCUAGUUUUGCAUCUUACAAGAAGUUGAUUCAUGGGCUUUGCAAUGACAAGUUGAUUGGGGAGGUUGAGUUGGGAGGUUGAGUUGGUUUUGAAGCAAAUGGUAAAACAAGGUUUUGUUCCAAAAAUGGGGAUGUGGAGAGAGAUUCUAAGAAGUUUAUUUUCAAAGGACUGCUGCUUCUAAUCUCUGUAUUAGUGAGAUUGUCAAUGGCUAGCAUCACUGAACCUUUUGUGUUGAAUUUAUGCUUACCA